ACAAGAAGGACACAGCCAGUGAGAGGCGCCCAGCUGCACAGAAAAGGCAAAGCAUUGGAUGAGAAAUUGUUAUACACACACCACCUACCAGAAAAGGUGCAUCACCUAUUCUCCAAUACCGAGAAAGAGAGUGUGUGUGUAUGGCAUGGGCACAGACAGCCUGCAGCCUGGAGCUCAGGGUUGGAUACCUGGACCUGGAGAUACAUUAGUGGAAUGCUCGACAGUUCCCUUAGGACAAUAAACAGAGAACUCCUUCCCUCUGGCUGGAGAUCACAGAGAAACUGCUGUGCUUGACUUUUACCUAAUAAGUGGAAUGAUACACAGAGACAAGCACUGACAGACAGGAAUCGUAUGGCAGGCCAGGAUUUUAUCUGCUGAAAUGUCCGAUAUCUCCAAAAUUCACUCCCCGAUUCAGAAGACGUCUGGCUACUAAAGACAGAUAAAGAGAUUGGACUGGGACAAUUUCUUCAAAUUGGAUCUAAAAUUUGCUGCCGGCAUCGCAUUGUUCCUGAAAAAUUUGAGAAGGCCGAGCUUUAAUGAAGGAACGUCAGAACUGCUAACAGUCACACAAACAGGGACUCCAGACCGUAGUGACCAAGGAUGGCGUCGCCAUGGAAACUAUAUCUGCUGCUGUCAGUCAUCGCGGGGUGCCUUUCAGCCCUUACAAGCGCUGUUCCUGGACAGCAGACAUCAUAUGCUGCAAUACUUAGAAGAAGAUCAGGGAGCUCCUCUAUGGCACUUUUUAACAACAAAAACAGACCGAGAUAUAGCAGCUCCUCACUAGAACCGAUUGGGCAAUAUUCUGAAAGAGAGAGGACAAGACAAUAUGGCUUUCCGACAAACCUCUACCAACUCUCCGACAGCUAUCGGCAAGAUGAUGAGAGUGUGGAUUAUGGGCCAGUGUUUACCCAAGAGCCAGAAAAUGUUAUUUUCCCCAUCGAUUCUGGAGAGAAGAAAGUGGCCCUUAAUUGUGAGGCAAGAGGAGCCCCUGCUCCAGUCUAUAGAUGGCUUCGCAAUGGAACAGAAAUAGACUUGGAAAGUGAUUAUCGCUACACUUUAAUAGAUGGAAAUUUAAUUAUCAGCAGUCCAAAUGAGGUGAAGGAUUCUGGUCAAUACCAGUGCAUAGCGGCAAACAACCUUGGCAGAAUCCUUAGUAGAGAGGCAACAUUUCAAUUUGCAUAUCUUGGAAAUUUCAGUGGCCGUGUACGAAGUGCAGUCUCUGUGCGGGAAGGACAAGGAGUGGUUCUUAUGUGCUCUCCCCCGCAUCACUCGCCAGAAAUCACCUACAGCUGGGUAUUUAAUGAAUAUCCUUCUUUCGUGGCUGAAGACAGCCGGCGUUUCAUCUCACAGGAGACAGGGAACCUCUACAUCUCCAAAGCACAGGCAUCGGAUGUGGGCAGUUAUAUAUGCCAUGUGAAAAAUGUCCUCACCAACACAAGGGUCAUGAGUCCACCAACGCCACUCACCUUGCGAAAUGAUGGUGUGAUGGGGGAAUAUGAACCGAAAAUUGAGGUCCACUUUCCUUAUACUUUUACUGCAGCUAAGGGAACGACUGUUAGAAUGGAGUGUUUCGCACUCGGCAACCCUGUUCCCACCAUCUCGUGGAGGAAGGUCAGUGGGUUUAUUCCCAGUAAAGCACGGCUAAGGAAAUCACAAGCCGUUCUGGAGAUUCCUAAUGUCCAGCUGGAAGACGCAGGAACGUAUGAAUGUAAAGCGGAGAACUCCAGGGGAAAAAAUGCCUUCCGAGGUCAAUUACAAGUAUACACUCAGCCGCAAUGGAUUGAGAAGAUUAAUGACACACAGCUAGAUAGUGGAGACCAACUCCGCUGGGAGUGUAAGGCAUCUGGAAAGCCUCGGCCCAUAUAUCGUUGGCUGAAGAAUGGGCUCCCCCUGCCCCCCCAGAACAGAGUGGAGAUGGUGAACGGUAUGCUGACCAUCCAUAAUGUCAACCAGUCAGACGCAGGAAUGUACCAAUGUCUGGCUGAAAAUAUCUAUGGAAUUAUCUAUGGAAGCGCAGAGCUGAAGGUUCUAGCAUCCGCUCCAUCGUUCGAGCUCAACCAACGGCAAAAAACAAUAAUCAUCACCAAGGGCAAGGAAGUCAUUAUGGAAUGUAAACCGCAAGCCUCUCCAAAACCAACCAUCUCCUGGAUGAAAGGUGACAGAGCUGUAAGGCAGAACAAAAGGAUAGCUGUUCUUCCAGAUGGAAGUUUACGGAUCUUAAAUGCUUCUAAAUCAGAUGAAGGAAAAUACACAUGCCGUGGGGAAAAUGUGUUCGGUUCUGCCGAAAUUACAACAGUUGUGUCUGUUACAGAACCUACAAAGAUAGAACUAACACCCAAGAGAACGGAACUGACUGUCGGGGAAAGUGUUGUUCUUAGCUGUAAAGCCAUCCACGAUCCUCUCCUGGAUAUCAGCUUCUUCUGGACAUUAAAUGAACAGCCGGUUGAGUUUGAAAAAGAAGACGGACAUUUUGAGAGCAUUAGAGCCCAAGCGUCAUCAGCGGAUUUAAUGAUUAGAAACAUCCUCCUGGUGCAUGCUGGGAGAUAUGGCUGCAGGGUGCAGACUACGGCUGACAGUGUAUCAGAUGAGGCAGAACUGCUUGUUAGGGGUCCCCCUGGCCCCCCUGGGGUGGUGAUUGUGGAAGAGAUUACAGAAAGUUCAGCCACCUUAUCCUGGAGUCCCGGUGCUGACAAUCACAGUCCCAUCCUCUAUUACAAUUUACAGGCCCGCAGCCCUUUCUCCCUAGGCUGGCAGAUCGUGAAAACUGUUCCAGACGUUAUAAGUGGAGACAUGGAAUCAGCCAUGGCAGUCGACCUGAAUCCCUGGGUGGAAUACGAGUUUCGAGUAGUAGCAACUAACAACAUUGGAACUGGAGAUCCCAGCAUACCAUCCCGAGUCAUCAGGACUAGUGAAGCAGUGCCAAAAACUCCUCCAGCAAAUGUCAGCGGGGGAAGCGGUAGACGUCAUGAAUUGGUGAUAACAUGGGAGCCCAUCUCUGAAGAGUUCCAGAAUGGUGAAGGAUUUGGAUACAUCGUGGCUUUCAGGCCCAAUGACACGAGAGGAUGGAAGGAAAAAAUGGUGACCUCUUCCGAUGCCUCUAAAUUUAUCUACAGAGAUGAGAGCACCCCACCACUCACCCCUUUUGAAGUUAAAGUUGGCGUGUACAAUAAUAAAGGCGAUGGACCCUUCAGUGACAUCGUGUUCAUCUGCUCUGCAGAAGGAGAACCCAGCACGGCCCCCACAGAUGUCAAAGCUUCAGGCCUGUCUGCAUCCGAAAUCCUUGUGGCCUGGAAAUCCUCCAAAGAUAAUGUGGGAAGACCUUUGGGAUUUGAGGUUAGUUACUGGAAAGAUAUGGAGCAGGAAGAGGCUGCAGAAAAAGUAAAAACGGCUGGAAAUGAGUCGUCCAUCAUUCUGACAGAGUUAGAAGGAAAUACAUUAUAUCACAUAACAGUGAGAGCGUUUAACAAAGCCGGAUACGGACCUUCAAGUACAGCGGUGCGUGGAGGCACGAAGAAAUCACCUCCAAGUCAAGCUCCGAGCAUUGUCAAAUGGAUACGGAACGGCUCUCACGUGUCCCUGGGCUGGGAGGCUGUCAGAUCAUUAGCGAACGAAUCAGAUGUCAUGGGAUACAAGGUCAUGUUGAGACAAGAAGGUCACAGCAAAAGCCAAGUCAUCCAAACACAGACAACUUCAGCAGUGGUUUUACUUCCCGAUUCUGGCUUUUAUAUCAUAGAAGUGCGAGCAGUCAGUGAAGGGGGAGAUGGGACGGCCAGCUCCCAAAUCAGAGUGCCAUCAUAUUCAGAAAAAGUCACAAGUGCACAGACAACACUGCAUAAUAUUUCAGCCUCCUCAUCUUCUUUAACUUUACUAUUGGCGCUUGUCGUUCCAACGACAUCUUGGUGAAGAUGGAUUUUUAGUUUUUUUCUUUGUUUUUUUUUAUUUAUUUAGAUUUUUAGUCCUUUUUUAUUUUUAUUGAAGACAUGAUUAAAGUUAUUGACUGAAUGAAGACAAUAGAAACCUGGACCUACUCUUCAUCCUUAUACCCAAAGACUACAUGAAAAAGAAGGCUGUUUUUCUUUUUUUCUGUUUAGUUUUUGUUUGUUCGUUUUUCUUUCUUUCCUUUUUUAUAAAUAUAUAUAUAAAUAUAUAAAUAGACUGGUUUGCUAAUAGCCUUUAUCAGCUUCUGUAAAAAAAAAAAAGAAAAAAAAAAGAAAAAACGGUAACUUUGGUCAAAUGCUCUGGGUUGCAUUUUUCUUUUUGUUUUGCUUUCGAAUCGACCAGUUCUUGGAUCAUAUAAUUUUACGUUGUUAAAGCGUGCAAUACAUUUGUGGUAUUGAAUGACAUGGUAUGAAGUGCAAAUAUAGAUCAGGUGAUAUAUUUAUACAUCUCAACUAUUCCUUACCCUAAUGAUUUUUAAUCUUUUCCAAGAAUGCCAAUAACCUAUGAUCUCUAGGUAAGGCAUCCUACAGGUAUGUUGCUAUGUUAUUACUCCAUACAACUCUUAGUUGUGCAGAGCAAUAAUACGGUACCCAACGCCUUCUAUGGCCCUGCUUUACCUUCGUAUGUCUUCAAUCUCAUACAGAGCUAUAGGGAGGCUUUUUUUGUUACAUUUUUCUUUAAAAAUGUGAGAAAACAAAAGUGUUGAGUGAUGUCGUAUUAAGGACAUAUUCUCCAUUUUAAUCAUUAGUCUCCCUUCCCAAAUUUGUAGUCCAAGAAUUUCUCUGAAACUCACAUUGUCAGACUUGCAUGGGCCCUACAGAAUCAGAGUUGUGGGAAUCCAUCUGUUUACAUGAGCCCUCAGCCAUUCUAGGGCUAAUUGAUUGCCUGGGAAGUGUAAAGACUAACGCUUUAAAGGAUUGCUCUUAGGCCAUGUUCACAUGACGGAAUUUCCCAUUGAAACCUGGAAAAAAAUUCAGCUCGGAAAUUGUGUUGCAAAAGAAUCCCUUUGCUUUCAAUGGGAUUCUGCUGCACCAUGCACACAGACGAAUUUCCGCAGUGGAAACAUCUGCUGCGGAAAUCGAAAGAAAGAAUUGAUUUUUGUGGGUGGAAUCCACUCAGAAAUGCAUUGUCUAUGGAGAAAGCAAAUUUCCGAGGGGUCCUAUUCUGCCGGCGCUUGCUAUUUGCGGAAUGUCCGCCCGUUCCUUUUUGUGGAAUUUUCCACUGUGUGAACAUAGCCUUGGGGGAGAAUAUUUUUAACUUAUGGCACCACAUGGAGCACUAUGUAUGAAACCACAGGGGCCCGGUUUGCUGUUGUACAGCCUCCAGCACACUCUGAGACUAGACCUUACAUUACCGACCUGUAUAUGCCUCCAAUCUUUGUGAAGCUUAUUGCUUAAUAUUUUUUGGGUAAAUGAGAUAAAGUUCAAUUGAUCAUUUUGCUUUGCUCUGGAGACAACAAAGAAUAUUAUUGAUAUGUCCAGUAAAUAUUGUGGUGACAAUUUUUAGCGGUGUAGAAGUCAAUCAUCUCUCUAUAUAUAAAUAUAUAUAUCUACAAAGUGAGUAGAGGGUUUGUCAUCAGUUGACGCCGCAUUAUAUUAAUGCAACCUCACCUGGUGGAGACAUUAGGACAAUAGUUCUUAGAUGCCAGUUCGAAUGAUGCGUAAACGAAAAAUACAUUGCAAGAAAGACUAUACAAUCCUCUGAAUGACCCUUGUAAUAUGGAACCCUGUCGGUCUACCAGUUGCUAACUUUUCUUCUGUCAAUGUGAGCGCAGUAUUGCUGGUUGGAAUUCUUUAGGAGACAUGAACCAUUAUUGCCAUGUUUUACUGUUUGUUUCUAGACCAAGGUCAAGAAAACUUUUUUUUUAAUAAAAUAAAAAAUCAAUGUAUAGAAGGGGUUGUUUGGAAUUGAAAUUUUAUUAAAAGUUUGCUGUGAACCGUAAACAUUUUCUUCAGGUUCAUCCUACGCGGCUUCUCAGAAAAGACAUGAAACACUGUAAGACAACGAAAUGUUUUCAACAAUGUAUUACUUCUUUUUAUGAUCACAGGCUUGGCCCCAGUUAAAGGG